GUCGGCGCUCGCCGGGAUCCUAUUCCUCCUCCCUCGGUGCAUGGUCGCGGCGGGAGCGGGGAGGGCGAGCCCGGCGGGGCGCGGGCCGGAGGCGGUGGCGGGAGCAGAGCCCCAGCGCGGAGGAGCCGCCACUGCCCGGCGGAGCUUUCACAAAAAUUGACAGGAUUCUUCCAGGUCGUGGUGCCUAAAAUCUGCUCUGGAAAGGUAUUGCCAAGCAUCUGAAGUAGUUGACCAAGACCUAAGGACUUGGAACAGUGGUGUGUGAUGUCAAACAGUGGGCAGUCCUUGCAGCCUCCCCUGCCAGCCUGCAACAUCAUGUGCCAGUAUGAAUAUUAAGAAGGAAAAGUGUACUUCAGAGCUCAGCAUCCCAAAAAGAAAAAAGGAGGAACUAAACAGAGAGAACAAAUGACUGCACUGCUUGCAAAACGUGGGGCUAUUCACUUUUUCUUCUGAGAAAUAUCAUCUUGGCCUCUCUGACACAGCUGAAAAAGCAGGCAGAACAGCUACAGGGAUUUUCUUAGGGUCCUUUUUUUCUUUCUUUAUUUUUCUCCCCCUUUUGCCUGGAUUUUAAGACCAUCAGCUGCACUGAUCACAAGCACUGGACAUCAAUAUGUGUCAUGUCAUUGUAACGUGUCGGUCAAUGCUGUGGACUCUCCUGAGUAUUGUGGUGGCUUUUGCAGAGCUAAUUGCUUUCAUGAGUGCAGACUGGCUGAUCGGCAAAGCAAAGCCUUCAAGCUCUGAGGAUGUGGACAACAGAACAGGGGGGUCACAGGAGCCUUACCAUCCGACCCUGGGCAUCUAUGGGCGCUGCACCAGAAUCUCCCACAUGCAGUUUUCUAGACGAGACACGCUUUGUGGUCCUUACGCCGAAAACUUCAGUGAGAUUGCCAGUGGGUUCUGGCAGGCAACCGCUAUUUUCCUAGCCGUGGGAAUCAUGAUUCUCUGUGCCGUGGCAUUUGUGUCUGUCUUUACUAUGUGUGUGCAGAGUAUUAUGAAGAAAAGCAUUUUUAAUGUCUGUGGGCUGCUACAAGGGAUUGCAGGCCUCUUCCUUAUUUUAGGCUUGAUAAUUUACCCUGCAGGUUGGGGAUGCCAGAAAGCAAUAAGCUAUUGUGGACCUUAUGCUUCUGCUUACAAACUAGGAGACUGCUCCUUGGGCUGGGCUUUCUACACAGCUAUUGGUGGCACUAUUCUGACGUUCAUCUGUGCAGUCUUCUCGGCGCAAGCUGAAAUAGCCACGUCCAGUGACAAAGUGCAAGAAGAAAUAGAAGAAGGAAAAAACCUUAUCUGCCUCCUUUAACUCCAGUGGGGAAAAAAUACCAGUGCCUGGAUCUUAAUCUGCUUUCCAUUGACUGGUCAAGCAGAUAACGCUUACUUGUUUCUACCAUUUGUGUGAUUGAGCCCCAUGCAUUCCAGCCCCGAACUACUGUAAUGGUCUUUCUCCCUUGCUGGGCGAUGAGGAUCAGAGAAAGGAUCCCAAGAAAGCAGAAUGUAAAUAUUGGGGAUUUUUUUAGUUUCAUUCUAUGAUCAGGACACAGUGGAAUAUACUAAUCUGACUGGGAGGUGAGGAAUCAUGUAUAUAGCAGGAAUGUUGCUGUUAUAACUGACAAAUUCUGAUUGAUCGGAUUGCCUUACCCACCUUGGUCGCUUUGAGGAAUUUGGAUUUAAAAUAAUAAAAGCAAGCACAUUUUUUUUUCUUAUACAGAGAAAAGAAGCCUAUUUUAAUUAGGCUUUGUUCCCAAGGGCUCCCCUCACCUGUGAAUAUUUCACCACCACCUGGGUUGGUACCAUCCUUUUCACUGAGGUGCUUUUUGAUACAAAACUUACUUAAAGUACAGUGCCUUCUCAGAUAGUAAGUACAUGUUGGAGAAAGGAGAGCUGAUGUGACACGGUUUACACCAACCUUUAACCACUUAUAAAGUGGAGUCCCUGCCAGGUAUUUUUGUGUUAAAACUUACAGUGCAAAGUCUGUACCACUUAAGUGUUACAUGAUUGUGUUUCCAUUGGCUAGACAGAGAAGCUGCUGUUACACUGGCUUUCACCUGACUCUGAUAAAAUGUUUUGAAGUAACCACUGUUAGAAAUAUUUCUACAGCCUUUAUUAAUAAACUCCUGACAUCCCAAGCAGAUGACAACUCCCCACAGCACAGCUGGGCAUUGUUUUGGGAAUGCCAACAGCCUGGCUUGGGCUGUAACCUCUCCUACAAAGGUAGAUCACACGCUGGACUUCAACAGUAUUAUUCUUUCUCUUGCCAGUGAGAUCUCAUUCCUAGUCUACAGAUCAGUCUGCCUCAUGACUCAGAGCCACACGAGCCCUUAAGAAAUUUUUUCAGGAAGUCUUGCCAAAUUCUACAUAGCUCGGAAGAUCUUUUCCUUUUUUUUUUUUUUUUUUUUUUCCCCAACCUUACCUGCUUGUAGUAUGGACUCUUUUCCAGCUCAGUCAGGAGAAAUAAAACAGACCUUGCCACAAAUGACAUUCCUUUCUCAAAGACAGGUGGUUGUAUUACUUGUGGUGUUGCAUCACUUACUUACCUUUUCAAUUUGUGUUCAGAAGUAGUUCUGGUAUCUUAAAAAACAAAGAAAUGAUGUGUAACUGUGCAAUAGGAGCAUUGGGGAUAAUUCAGCUGAGUAGUAGUUCUAAUUAAAUACUUGGUGAAUUUUAGACUCCUUUUCUUACUUCUUGAUAUUUUAAUAUCAUGCAAUGACAGCAUUGCUUUCCAUCAUUUCACCGUAUAAUAUGGAGCCAGAGAUUCUUGUUCAUGCCUGGUCAGUCCCUUACAGUCUGCCAUUAGUUAUUUGUAGGUAUAAAGAAAUCAUUGUUAGUGUACAGGUAGGUAGCUGAUUUCAAUACGAGAGCUGUUCAGCAGUCAUGACCGCAGGCCCAGGGCCUCACAGCAGCAGCCGUGGUGAUAGGGCACCCCUCCAGUGCCUGUGUGCAGCACAGACACUGCCUUGACCUAGCUGAUCUAUGGAGCAAUCCACAUCCAGCUCCAGACCUGCAUGUGUCUGUGCCCAGAGCACCUUCAAGCCACACACUGGAUGGGUACGGAGGUGAUCUCUGAGCCACUGCGCAACAAAUGCGGUCAACGUACGAUGAUUUUAAAAACGGAUUGUUUUAAUCUAGUUGCUUCUUGCAUUCACCUGCUUCUGCAACCCACAUCUUUCUACUUUAAAAUGGUUAAUUACCUGUUAAGUAUUUAAUUUAAUAAAACUAAAGUUAUGGUCUGGAACCCUUUUUGCCAAGUGCCUGCACAAAGCAAGAUUGUAACAAAUCAAAAUUACUAGCACAGAGUAGUGUGCAAGGACAGAACUGACAGUGAGCAUGUCCUGUCCACCCAUGUUCCUGCCUGUCUUUCUCCUGCACACAGACAUACGCAUGUAUUAUCUGAAGGGCAGGCAGUUGGUUGUCCCUCAUUCCAAACAGCUGCACUCGUGAUGCUCCUCCUGAUCCCACUGCAUGUGGCAUCUGCCAGGCCACCAGCUCAGCAGUGAGCCUCUGGGUUCUGCAAACGGGGGCGAGGAAAUAGAACGGUAGCAUUUUACUCAACUCAGCUAAAAACUGAUUAUGAAAGAGAUCUUCAGUUUUAGCUUUUCUUAGGUGGGUAGCAAUCCAGUGUCCAUGUCACCACAAUCUUAAUGCUAUAUUAGGGUGACAAAUGCUGCUUUGGCUUAAAACAUUUGUUUGUCAGUCUAAGGUCAGUUCUUCCAAAAGGUUUAGAGGGCAUAUACAGCUUUGGCUUAGAAAUAAACAAUGACCAACCUUCAUUUACAUUACUAGCUGACCUCUGCUGUGAGCUACAGAAUGCUUGAAAAUUUUAAUAGUGCAGUUUUUAAGUACAAAGGAGGUGUUUUUCAAUGGCUGUUUUGCUUUUGUUUGCAUUUGUAACCAAGAAGAACCAGCUUUUCUGCUUGUUGCUGGUGUACUAUCAACUUGCUCUGCAAUAACAUAAUCAACUAACUUGCAAGAAUAUCCAUGUUCAUUACAUAGCACAGAUAGAAGACAGGCUGGGAAGAAAUACAGAAAAAAAUCGAUCAGAAUUUCUAUUCUUAGGGUUCUGUUUUUCUAGCAAGUGUUAAGAUGGUCUAUAUUGCAGACUCCUUUUUCCUGGAUGAGGUUUUCAGGUGCAGGGUGCAGUCAUUAGCUUUGACAGCUGUUUAAAGUUGUUCCUGAAGUUCACCUCAGCAGUAGCUUUCAAAAAUAUUAAACAAACAAAAAAAAAGAACAAAAAAAAAAAAAAAAAUUCAAACCAGGUAUCAACUUAAAGCUAAUUUAAUUAAUUCCAUGAGAGGGCUGCAGAGUGUAACUGCUUCUUAUGUGCAUGCACUGCAUAGGAGCUAGGAGAAUUUGCUGUGGAUUCUUUAAAACCUGUGUGCCAAUUACUUCAGUUUAACUUUGUGGUAUUGAAGAAUUUUUCAGACAUCUGUGGUUUGAUAGACUUCGUAAACUAAACUUGUAUUCUCUAAAGUGCCAUAGACCUUUUUUUUUAAUUGUAGCAUAUUUAAAUAUAUAUAUAUAUAUACACAAACGUGUGUGAGAUGUGCAAUACCAAGAAUGGGGUUUGUUGUGUUUGGAGUUUGGGUUUUUUUCCUUAGUUUUUGCUUUUAAACAAGAUAUUUGAAAAGGCGUUCCCAAGGAAGAAGUGGCUGAGGCUUUGGUGGUGUGGACAAACUAAAGCAUGGCAUAAGGCAAUAGAAUCACUAAUUCUGAAGAUUUAGUAGUAAGAGCAGCUUAAAUAUUUAUCAGAAAUAUCUUCUAGAUUGAUUUGAAAUGCUCAGAUCUAUAUAAUACAGACAGUUCAACCGUGAAACUGUGUCUAUCCCCAGCAAUGAAAAGGCUCAGCAAGGUUUCUUAACGUGCUUUAUUUGUAACAUGGCACCGCAAACAACAUUGCUACUGAGCUAUUCCUGGGCUGCCUGUAUCACCUUUCUAUCUAUUUUACUCAAUAAAGUUCUCUGGAUUCUGCUAUUUUUUUCCAGCCAAAUAAUUUCCUUUUUACACUGUUAACCCACCCCAGAGUAUCUUGUGUCCUAGUGGUAAACAAAGAGGCGUUCAAGUCUUCCUAGAAAGCAGUGGGCGCUGGUGCCCACCUCAAGGAAAGGACAGAGCCCAAUAGCAGCAGAGCAUGGCAGCAACACAUACAGCACAGCUGCUCUGCACAGAAGAGUGGCUGCAGCAGUCCACCUAGAGUAGAUUUUGAGCCAUGAUUUAUUUGUGGUACUGUUUUUCUGUUCUUGAGUCACCACUACGUACAUUUGUUAGCAUGAAUGAUGUAUCUAAUGUGUUACUUUUAAUCUAAAUUUCAAUUAAAAUGUGAGUUUUCAAACUUUAACAGGAGUCUGACUACCUUAAUUCAAACAUAUUGGACAAGUUGAACCACAGCAAGGUAGUUUAAUUGUAGCAUUAACAGUAUGUAAGAUCCCAGCCCAUUGAUAUUGUUAGUAGUUCAGAUUUCCAUUGAUUUUAACAGUUAUUACCACUUACUGAUCAGAAGUAUGUGAUCUGAAAUUGUAGCUAUGUGUAAUACAAUACAGUUGCAUUAAAGAGACUUUCUAACUGAA